UCCUCCCUCCUCUCCUCCUUCCUUCCCUCUCUUCUGGUGGAAAGCAGCAGCAAGGACAGCAGCAACAGCCGGCAAAAGCAGCCCCCCCUUCCCUGGGUUGGUGGCAAAGGCGCCUCUGGUCCCUUCCUCGCCCGGCUCCAGAAGGAGGAGAGAAGAAGCCCAGGAGCCGCCAUGGGUCGCGUCCAAGGAGGGAUGCGCUGCAUCAAGUUCUUGCUCUUCAUCUUCAACUUCAUCUUCUGGUUGGCAGGUUCAGCUGUCGUCGCAUUUGGGCUGUGGCUACGGUUUGGAGAUGUAAUAAGAGAUUUAGCAACUGAUGAAAAGUCCCCAGAAUACUUUUAUAUGGGACUCUAUGUGCUGGUGGGAGCCGGUGCCCUGAUGAUGGUAGUGGGAUUUUUUGGGUGCUGUGGAGCUGCACGGGAAUCUCAGUGUCUACUAGGAGCUUUUUUCACAUGUCUACUGGUGAUUUUUGCUGCUGAAGUCACUGCAGGAGUUUUCGCUUUUCUUGGCAAGAAAACAGCUAUCGAAGAGGUCCAGGCUAUCUAUGAGAAAGCUUAUGAAGACUAUAUCAGUGAUACGGGGAAGAACAAAACACUUAUCCAGUUCCACGAAGCACUUCAGUGCUGUGGGAAAGUCAGUGAAGUGCCAGUGAAAGCCACUUGUCCAAAAGAUAUUGAGCUGCCCAAAAACUGUCUGGUUCAAAUUGAAGCUCUCAUUGAUUCAAAGCUUCAUUUGCUUGGCAUUGUUGGGAUUGGAAUUGCUGGAAUCACAAUCUUUGGCAUGGUCUUCAGUAUGGUUCUCUGCUGUGCAAUCCGUAACACAAGAGACAUGCUCUAAAACUGUCACUGCAUAACGUUAUUUUUACCCCAGGGACUGGAAGGCCUCUGGACAGAACCCUGCAAGAAGUGCUUGCUUGCUCAGCUUAACAACUGUAAUCCAUUUUAAUUAGCGGUGUUAACCAACUGACAGAGAAAAAGGGAUGUUUAGUUAGCCUGAGAAAUUGCAUCAUUUGCAUUUUAUAAAAUUAAGACUGGGAAAUCUGAAGUGAGCAAGUAGACAAGCUUAACAAGGCAUUGCUGAAGGCAGUGGCAGCAUCUGAAACUAAAAUUUAUUUGGAAAUACGACUUUGCACAUGUGUGUGAGUGAACCGUGCCUGUAUCUCCACAUUCAAGUGCAUGUGUGUUUGUUUUGGCACACAAAUGCAUAUGGUGCAGCUGCACAGAUAUCUGUAUAUACAGUACUCUGUAUGACUGUAGGUAUGUUUUGUGGGUGAACAAUUUUGCAUGCAUAUUCCUGCAGUAUAUAUACACUGGGAUGCAGUAUACCCAAACUAAAGCCAUCUCCAAGUGGACUCCUCUUGGCCAAUAAUCUAUGGAGAAGCAAAUACAUUUCAACAAACAAAAAGGCCUAUCUGGCCUCUAUUCAGACUCAGCAAUGUCCAAAGGGAAUUUGAUGUAAUUAAUUGUGUUGAGGGUAAAUUGGCACAACACUAGCCUCUAUUCCUAAACAACUCUCCCCUUGGAAGAUUGUGUUAAUUUAUUUGCCAUGUUGUAUUGUUUUAAGAAAAGGGAUCCUAUAGGGAUCACUGGAGGCCCCAGGUCGACCUGCUGGCUAGCACAAAUAAUUGAUGCUAGGGCUACUGCAGGGCAUUUCAACUAAAUCAUAGUCACACCAACUCAUGUUAUUACUGCCCCAGCUGCAUUGUGGGUAAAACUGUAGAAAUUACACUGUAUGCUUGAAAUACCUCAGGAGUGAGUUUACAGUUUGCAUCUAUGCUUCAUAUUGUUUUUAUUUAUUUAUAUUGAAAUGAUCCUUGGGGAGAAAAAUAAUCUGACAGAAUUAAUCCAGCUAGCCAGAAUAAAGUCAUUUAUGGUGCAGUCCUAAUACGUUACAAUCAAGAGGAUCUUUCCAUUUACUUCAGUGGGAUGUACACCCUUGGAACUUUUAAAAACCUGUUAAUUUUUCUGAUAAUCUAUCUUUUUCAGAAUAGGAAUUUAGCUAACAACCCGCCUUGUUCCGGUCCAGUUUCCCCCCCCCCCCCCCCCAAUUAUGUUUUGUUUCAAAUGGGAACAGGCCAUCUAAAAGAAUGUUUUGUCAAAAGCGCACUAGUUUUCCUCAAGAAAUAUUGUAGUCCUUGUACAUGUUCCAUCAAAACAUAAACAUAUGAGACCUCAGGGAAAGCCUGCUAUAGCAAGGCCUUCAUUUGAAGUUCAGUGGGCACCCAAGUAUGUGUGUAUAUGUUUCAGAGAUGCAGAAGCUCCCAACUGUAUCCAGCCCAAUCCUUCCCUCCUCCCAAACAUAAAGGCACACACAUCUUAUCUCCCCAAAAGACCUUUGUUGUACACCUUAUUUGUUUCUGUAGUUUGACCUCCAUCAGAUAUCUGAACUCCCAAUAAUAUAUUUUAUAGAACAGUGGCUGAGCACAGCUUUACAAAGAGAUGCAUCUUGUGCUCAAUUCACCCUUCUUCCACAAGAGGGAUGUUUCAUACUGACAGCUUCUGAAGAUCCAGAUGAGGUGUGGUGUGUGUGUCCAAGAUAUUACUGUGAGCCUGAAUGAUUGAGCCAUGCCCUUAGUUUAUUCAGGAACUGGACUUUUCACAUCACAUAAAUAGGUCUUAGUUGAGAUUUGAUAGUGAAGAGGGCUCAGAAACAGCUGGGCAAAAUGUGUGUUAAGAGGGUCACCAUCGUUCAAAAGUCAGCAGCAGCAUAACUGUAUUUUAAAACAAAGGCUUUGGUUUCUACUGGAAUUUCUGUUGGUUUUCCACUUGAAAAGUACAUCAUCUUGAAAUUUUCAUUUUGGAAGAAAAUCAGGGGAACAAAAUUAAGAGUGGGAUAUAUGUUAGGUUGUUAAGUUCCAAAAGUAUCUAGCAUGCUUUUCUAUUCUAGUGUCUAGCAUUUCAUAUAAGAUCUAAAUUAUCUCCUCCAGUAAUUCUCAAAUGAAACUAAGCUCUUAUAUAAUUAAGAUUCAGAACAGAUACUGUCAAAAUCAGCCACUUCUGAGCCUUCCUACAAAGUAUCCAUUCCUACCAUCCCUGCUUCCUCCAUUAUCCAGAUCUAAUCUUUCUUUUGCCAUCCAACCCCACCAAAUAGGCACAGGGCCCAUCUAGUUGGAUUUCAUUUCAAACAAUUCCUAUUUUUAUGUACAUCUCCAUUGCCUUUCUAUUCUGUGAUGUUCCUUACCUGAUUUAGUACAUGAGACAGGUGAGAUGCUGACCUAAAUACAGAUUUAAAGGAAAGCUCUAAUCUGCUCUGUUCUGGCCGUUACAUUUCACCAUGAAAGGAGGAAAUACAUUCCCACUCAUACAUACACACACACACACUAGAAAAAGUUAAUGCCAUAGCAAAGACAUGGACAAUACCAGGAUAGAAAUGGCUGCAGGGCGGACUCUGAUUAGCUUUUGACAUUUCUAUGAAAUGACUGUGUCCUUUGCAGACCUCACCCCUGCCUGCUGAACUAAGCUGAUAACUAAGCUGUGGGUUGCAUUCCAAGGGUGGGGAUGUGGUAUCCACAUUGACAGAUGGGGCAAUGCGCACACCCACUGCUAGUGGAGUUGGAGCACCAGAGACACACACAUAUGCACAUAUACCAUUGUUUUAUUUAUUCAGAAGUCGAGUAAUGACAACAUAUUGGCCUUUGCCGCUUUCAUCAUUGAUUCCAUCAGAGUUGCUAAGCUUGGAGUAAUCACAUGUGCUUUCCCAAAUGUCUUCAGUUGUUGCUUAGUUUCGUCUUUAACUUUAAGUGCCUUUUUUUGGAAACAGGGCUGAGAACCAGUUCUAUAAAUAGACUUUUUAUUAAAUUCAAACUUGAACUGCAUUAUUUUCUAGUGAAUCCAAACUUUCCUCAAGUCUGUUCUGUUUAUUUCUAUGCAUAUAAUUUGUUUUACCUGUCCUGGAAUAAUCUGCUUUCCAGAAAUAGAAAAAGGAUUUGUUUGGAAUUACAAGUCAGAAUGGCACGAUGUGAUUAUAUCUCUACACUGUUUGUGUGUCUGAUAAAUCAUUAUAUACUGUCUGAUAGUGCCUUAAAAAUUACACAGUCGUAGCCUUUCCACCACAUCAGAAAUAGUUUCCAGUAAUACCAUAUUAGUGAAGAGUCCCUCGACUCUGAAUUACAUUUGAAGCACAUUGUACUGUACCUGGAAUAGCAGGAUUUGCUGGGAAGGUAUUUAGUACUGUCUGUCUUUUCUUAAAUUUUGCAUUUUUCUACAGGGUUUGACUAACUGUGUGAACUCAGUGAGCAUGCUAUUGAUCUUAUUUUAUUUCUUUUUUUAAAAAAAUAUAAAAUUUCCAAACAUUCUUCUAACCUUUAGAUUUAGCAUACUCAAGAAAAUCAUGCCAGGCUUUGCUAAAAGCAAUGCACUACACGUCCAAAUAAUUAUAACAGUUCACCUUCAAGUUUAUUAGAUUAGUCAUGAUGGUGAUAGGAAGCAUUGUGCCUACUGAAAAACUACUAUAUUAGUUUCCUGUGGGAUAUAAGCCCCCUUCCUUUUGCUGCUGCUUCUUUGGCUGAAGCCUGAGAUCUUCAGUUGGUUCCCCAAGUCUAGGGAAAUAUUUUGUAACAGGGAUUGAUUUUAAAAAUGGACGCCAUAAAGAUCUACUCAUAUCAAUUAACAGCAGUUUGAAGAAGAUGUGGAGGCAGUGGACAGAGUCCUUCCACACAUAUUCACAUCACUGUUAGUAGGGCAGUGCUCCCUCAGACUACCAAAUGGAGAAUAUGUAGUCUGCUUCCACACUAUGACCCUGCCAAGGAGUAUAAUGCCACCUUUGUGUAGUUGUACACAACUUGAGGACCCUUUUAAAUAUAUGUAAUAUGGUCUUAUUGGGAGGGCAAGCUUCUUUUUUGUCCCUUGUAAAGCCAUGAAUACUUUAUGUAGCUAAGAGAUGCUUUGUCCUGCUUAAUGUAAAUAUGGAUAUUUUCACUAACCAGAAGAAUGACCAUACAUAGUUCUGGAUCUUUCACUUUCUUCCAGUGGGUGACAAACAUACGGGAAUCAGGCUAAGGCUGACAGAAAGAGCAGCACAAAAUCACAAUGCCUCUUUGCAGUCCCUUUCCCCAUCACCAGUGGAAAUGAUUUUUUAAAAUGAAAAUAUGUUGCUUUCUGUUUUAAAAAUGUGCUAAACUCUUAUUUCCAACCCAUAAAACUUACAUGUUAGAGUUUGUGGGGAAAGAUCUCAUUACCUCCUCACAUGUUCCUAGAAGUGUAAAUAAAGAUAGUCCUUCCCAAUGUGUCUGACACCUGACAGCAUCACAUUUUUAUUAUGGAAAAUCAAGUAUGUUCACUACCAUUCUAGGCAUUUUCCCUGGCUGUAAAUGUUGUUAGUAGUUGGUCCAUUACUGAAACAUGUUCUAGUGUGGCCUGCUUUCUGAAUGCAUUUUUUAUCAGCCUUUGUUUAUUGAAGUUGACGCAAAAAUCUAAUAAACAUAAUCUGAUAUAAAA